CCCAUAAUCAAAUGAAGUCAAGUCAACAUCAUUUAGCCUCGCGUAGUUAGUCGGCGGCUCGCAAGUCAAAUGUCCGACUCGCAAAUGGGGCCCCUGAAGGCGUCAGCAGCGACCUGACGUGUUUUUGUUCUCGUCCUCCAUUAGCCGCCUCGCUGCCUUCCAUCUUCGGCAAGUUGGGCUUUCGGUGGCUCAUUCCACGGACGCAGCGGUGCGACGCGCUAGUCCCGUUCGGAGGGGUCGGGAAGAACAAAAAGACGACGACGUUUGAGGCCACUUCGACCGAAGCGUGACGUUUUCUGCCCUUUUCUUUUCUUUGGUCGUCGAGCGCACAAUAUGGAGCCAAUGACUCAGUCUGCCCAAAUAUCCUCGUCGCAGGGACUCGCCGAUGGACAAAAUUCUGCGUCGAAAGAACCGAGACCAUCCGAUUCCUUUCUUUCCUCCUCGCCUGUAUCUCUCAUACAGUCGUCACAAGAGAAAAAGGCGGUGCUGGGUUCCAGUAGGCCCGGUGACGAAGGGGUCGCCACGUCCCUUCGCUUUUCCUCUCAGCCGGGUUCCUUUUCGCCUGAUAAUUACGGAGGCGAGGCGCAGCCCGAUUCGCCGGUAAAGAUGUCUCCCGUUUCUGAGCGCAUAAAGGCUCUGGAAGCCCUUGCCGGCAAAAAGCAGGCAGAUUUUCGAAGCGACUGUUGCUCGCACCUCAAGGACCGCCACCACGACAAAUCUCCCAAGCAGUGCAUGGAGAAAAAUAAGCCAGCCUUUCACACCAAAACAGGCUCUCCUGAUCUCGAUUCACCCGAAUCGCCCUUUGAGGUACUUGGAGAGUUCAGACAAAUGAAUGAAUUUGAAGAAACAGAAGCUUGGAUGAAGGCUCAUCUACCGCCAGUGCCAGACUUGCACGCCGCAGGCUUCGUCAAAGGGGCCGAUUCUUUCCAAUGUAAGCCAACCGAGGAAAAUGCUGCACUUCCUGCUCUUGCUGGUGUCCGCAACGAUGCUUCAAAAGUGAAGGCUCCACAGAAAGAAGGCAGUGUUGAGGAAGCGGACUUUGACCUGAACUUUCUGCCGACAGCCUACAUGUGGACUCGGCAGGACAACUCCGGUGUCCGAGCUCCGUCGCGGCUCGAUUCGGAGCACGAGGCUUUACCUCAGCCUCUUUCCGGCUUUGAAUCCCCGUCCCCUCCGAACGACGACACCCUGGACGCUCCGGAUGACGAGCGGACCGCUUGGACUGGAGAUCUCGAGUCGGCAGAGGCUAAGGAAGUGGAUAGCUCAGGGGAGUCUGAAGAAACGGUCAUUGAAGACGGUUUCACCGCUGUUGGCCCCUCCCCCAAAUCGGAUUGGCCACCAUCCAGUGACAUCACCACCUCUCCCGCCACCUCAACCCCUGACGCAGAAAGGGUGACGCCACCAGUAAGGUCAGAAAGGAAGCUAAUGCAGGUUCCCACGAUCAAUGUCAUUGAAACCGACGAGCCAAACUGCAGCGAUGAUGAGAUGGAAAUGGAGUUUGAGGAAGAAGACGACGAGGUUGUGAACGAGGGAGCAAAACCCGCAGAGACGCCGCCAGAGGAUAGCAAUGAAGCAUCUAAGAGACGGCCUGUAGAAACUGAAUUCAUGGAAGGCUAUUCUCCUCCUUCCUCUCCCGUCGAAUCGGAUGAGGAAUACGCUCCUCAAGACACGAUCCUCAAUCCUCAAGCAGAUGCGUUCCUGGAGAAAUCAUCAGAACUUAACGACUCCGGAUUGGAUUUGUCCCCGGACGCAAACAAAGACAUUAGCUCACCCGGCAAUGAGGAUGAAUGGUCAGAUGAAGCGCGACAAACCGUGGCUGGACAAGACCGAGCUGAUUUUAGUGCCCCGGACAACGACAAGGACGUGGUUGCCUUCUCUAGGAAUAGCAUUAUGCGAGGCGAUACUUACGAGGGACAGUCGUUUGAGUACGAGCAGCCGUCUCCCUUCUGUGAGAUUGAGGUCACCCCAAAAGGAGCCAAAGACCACUUUCUUUUGGACUCUUCUGAAGUUGAUACUGAAACCCAGGAACCGUUGCCAAAUCGUAACGACGCAAACGCGUCUGCGAGCCAUCGUUUUCCCCCGAACCCAUCUGACAUUUCAGAUGCAAUGGCUUCAGAAAACGGCUCCGCUUCCGAGCGUGUCGAUAGUUUUGUGGAGUUCAUGAGAGAAUGCCUCAAAUCCAGGGAAGGUGAAGGACCAGAGGCCUCUCCGAGCGACGAGUACGGUCCGCAGUCCCCUCCGACCGUGCUGAUGGAUCCGGAACGGGAGCGGCUUACGAUCAGUGCUCUCAAACAGUUGGGCGGCAGUCAAGAGGCAGACGAGGAAACGCUGGCUCCUCCAUCCAAGACUCCGCAAAAUGCUAACGCCGCAUGCAUCCAGCGAGCUUCCUUCACCCCGCCGACGAGCGCGCCGUGUUCCCAAAGCGACGUACUUGGCACCGAGCGCACAUAUUCUGAAGAUGUAGACGCCGUGGACAUAUGGGUCGCGGAGGCCUAUCAUCUCGCGCAGCAUGUCUUGACGGCAAUAUUAACCCACGUAUCAGUCAAGGAUCUGCUUCACUGGCGGGACCCCAAGAAGUCGGGCGUGGUGUUCGGUGUGUCCAUGCUGCUGCUGCUGUCGCUGGCCGCCUUCAGCGUCAUCAGCGUGGUGUCCUACCUGCUGCUGGCGCUGCUCUGCGUCACCAUCACCUUCCGCAUCUACAAGUCGGUCGUGCAGGCCGUGCAGAAGUCCAGCGACGGCCACCCCUUCAAAUCGCUGAUCGAGAAGGAUGUCAGCAUUCCCCCCGAGAACUUCCGCAAGCACGUGGACACCAGCCUGACCUACAUUAACCGAGCCCUCAAGUACAUGAGCCGCCUCUUCCUGGUCGAGGACCUCGUGGACUCCCUAAAAUUGGCCGUGGUCAUGUGGCUGCUGACCUACGUGGGUGCCGUCUUCAACGGCAUCACCAUCCUCAUCCUCGCGGACAUCUUGCUCUUUGCCGUGCCGCCCGUCUACGAGAAGAACAAGACGCAGAUCGACCAGUACGUGGACCUGGCUCGCAGCCAAAUCAACACCACGAUCGCCAAGUUGCAAGAGAAACUCCCCGGCGCCGUGAAGCGCAGCAAAGCCGAAUGAUGCAUUUCGAAACGCACACGAAGAAAAGAAGAACAUCCUCCCAGUCAUCUCCAUCGUAGACUCCCCGAGCACCACCCGUCGACACUGAACCUUACUAGGUAGAACGCAAAUCUCUAUUUAAUGUCAAAACUACUGCGCUUUUGUAGCAGAGCGUGAACUAGACUGAAUCUCGGGCCAGCUUCCAAGGGCGCAUGCGAGCAAAAUGUCUGUACGCAACGCACGCCAUUCCCCUCGCCUUCCGAAAGUCCCGCCUAUUCCUCCCCAGCGUCGCGCCGCAUAGAUUGUGUCCUCAAUUGUAUUUAUUUAUUUUAUUUUUUAUUUUUUUCUUUCGUAGAAGCGGGUUUGCCUGUCGUCCGCGCAUUUCUGCACUGAUUGUUUUUUUUUUUUUUUUUUUUUUUUUUUUUCUGAUAUCGCCGAAGAGCGGCCUGAAAUCGCAACGAUAAAAAGCUUUUGCAGCACUCGCCGUUUUAGUCUAGUUCACACGGGCCGCACUAGUAUGGCGAGCCGUUUGAGUGUUUAUUCCAUAGCCUACUAGUGCGAUGACUUGUCUGUGUACUAGUACACUCUUUUGCCUCACUGGGAAGACAAUUCAGCACACUAGUAGAAUGUGUUAUUUUUUCCCCAUUGUGUGACAUUUCUGUACACUGGUAGCAUGUCAAGGGCACACUACUAGAAAAACUAGGCUGCACUAGUAGAACUUUCUUACUAGUGACAUUUCUUCCAGUACUGUGACAUUUCUGUGCAGUUGUAGAAAAAACAGGGCCACACUAGUAGAACAUGUUUCUAGUGUGGCAAAACUGCUCCAGUUGACAGCGGUGUGCUAGUACUACUAUUACAAGUGACAUAAGAGCCUACUAGUUAACGUUUAGCACUUCGCUAGUCAUAACAGUAGCGAGGAGAUAUUUGAGCAUUCAUUCAAUAGCCUACUAGUGCGCUGAAUUGUCCAUGCACUAAUACACUGCCCUCUCUAGUAAGACAAUUCAGUGUACUAGUAGAAGGACUAGGGCGCACUAGCUGAAGGACUUUCUUGUUAGUGAAAUUUUGUUCCCACUACUGCGCACUAUUAAAAAGACUGGUGCACUAGUGAGCUAAAACUGCACUAGAUGACAUCUGUGCAAUAGCAAUACUACUAGUGAAGCGCUAGAUGUUAACUAGUAGAAUCUUAUGUCAUUAAAAGCACCUAGUUGUCAACUUGUGCAGUUUUGCCUCACUAUUGCCCCCUAGUUGUUCAACUAGUGCACUGAAUUGUAUUCCUAAGUGAGGACAAAGUGUGCACUAGAACAUGCACAAUUCAGCACACUAGUAGGGUUUUGGGUAAAGCCUCCAAAGCCUUGUCAUUCUCACUAGUAGCAUGUAGUUGUUGCACAAGUGCGCAGACAUCUCACACAGUUGUGAAAAUAUGUUCUAGUAGUGUACUGAAUUGUCUUGAAGAGUGUACUAGUUGAAUAAAUGCUCAAACGUUUUUGCGUACACGUACGUGCAUGUAUAUACACUUACUAAUACUACUACAGUAAUUCUGAAGAGGUGACAAUUAAGUCAUUGCAAUUUGAAGAUGCGAUUCUCGUGCGUGUAGCUUUUGGAGUUUUGUUUUUUUGUUGUUGUUUUUGUCCCUUUUUUUUUUCAGGACUGGCGUAGUUCUCACCGAUAUUCCAAGUUGCGUUGCGUUAGUCGCGUUUGUAUUAGCAGUGGCGUCUUGACGGCCGCGCGCUGGAGGAGCUCCAGCUUUGCUGAAGGAAAAUGAGACGCUGGGCUUGGUGGUUCCGUUUCCGCCACGUUUGCUGACUUUGACGGGUCCGACAUUCCGCGCUACCGCGGAUGUCUUGUCAGACCGUCGCCCCCUCGCACCCCCUUUCCUGCUAUCGUGUCGUUUGGCUCAGUUCAAGCACUAGUUCCCGAAGGCUUUCUAUGUUUCUCCUUUUUUGGACGAUAUCAUGAAUGAGGCCGCGUUGCGCAAAGCAUGCUGAUUUUCAUCGGGUAUGGGAGUGUGUGUGUGUGUGUGUGUGUGAGACAGGAGUGUCGUGUUUGUUCUUUUAUUGCUCUUGAUGUCGUUCUCUUAACAUGUUCCGUUUAGCUAUUAUGGUUCUACUUUUUUUUCCGUGAGUGAUGUCACAGGAGAGAGAAAAUAAAUGGAGGGGAGGGGGGGGAAAACAAAUAUGUGGUCUCUGUACUCAUGUUCCAGUGAAAUGAAUAAAAACACGUCAAAAGGA